UCUAAAUAUUCAUUCCCAACUCCAACCUCAAGGCCGAGCCACCCACCGCCCCCCGCAACCAUGGACAUGCGGGCCCUCAGCUUGAAGGCCGGCGGGCCCUUCGUCGCGCCGAGGCGCAGCCCACCGCCGACGUGGGUCGCUCCCCUUGCCGCCUCCGAGAUCGACUCGCCGUCGCUGGCGGCUGUCGGGCCGAGGAGGUGUAGGCGGCAGCCGGCGCGGUGGCCCAAACUCGCGGUGAGCGCGUCGGGGAACAAUAGCCAGAACAGUCGCGACGGCAACGACGAGCCCAAGAACAGGGCCUCCUCUUCGGGAAAAGGUGAUGCAUCUUCUCCCAGUGGAGAUGAUUCCAUUCCAAUAAGCCAAAAUCAUGGUGAACCAAAAUCCAAUGAUACUAUGUAUGUACCUAGCAACUUGUCAUAUUGGCGAGAUGUGAGAGCAAGCUUUGUGAUCCCAAAGUCGGAGCAAACAGUCGAUGUAAAUACUCUACCACAGACAUCAUCCGAUGGACCAGUACAUUGUCUUCCUCGGAAAUGGGCCCAUUCUAUUUCAGCACCAGAAUCUGGCUGUGUGUUGGUUGCCACUGAAGAGCUUGAUGGGAAUGGUACCUUUGAAAGAACGGUCAUCCUCCUCCUCAAAUUAGGCUCAAAAGAUGCCUACGAUGGCCCGUUCGGCGUCAUCCUGAACCGUCCACUCUACACAAAGAUGAAACAUGUGAAUCCAUCCUUCCGCGACCCGGCGACACCUUUUAGUGACUGCUCCCUGUUCUUUGGAGGCCCGGUCGAUAUGAGCAUAUUCUUGAUGAGGACCAAUGAAGGCAGGCCCAUCAAGGGGUUUGAAGAGGUGGCACCGGGCAUCUGCUUCGGUUUCAGGACCGACCUGCAGAAGGCUGGCCAUCUGAUGAAGAACGGUGCAGUUAAUCCUGAGGACCUGAAGUUCUACGUCGGGUACUCUGCUUGGGAUCAUGAUCAGUUGUUGAGUGAGAUUGAUGCAGGAUACUGGGUUGUCACUUCGUGCAGCUCAGGCCUGAUAACGGAUGCGCUGACGACAGACCCUUCUUGCUUGUGGAGCGAAAUACUGCAGCUGAUGGGAGGCCAGUACUCGGAGCUCAGUCAGAAGCCAAAAGAAGAUACUAGCUCGUAAAGUUGCGUAUUUGCAGCACGGCGCAGUUUUCCAGCAAAACUGUUGUGUUCGAUUUGUACAUAAUUUGAGUUAAUCUCGGACGGUCACUGUCCCAUUAGUUUCUCGCGGAAACUGUUUUUCUUUUCGUGUUACUUUGAUCAAUAAUAUAUUUACGACCUCUUUUCGGUCAUCAGCUUCUGCCUGUAA